GGAAGAGUUAAGAGGGCUGCAGCACAUCCGCGCAUGGCCUUCUCGCCCAACGAUUGGUAGCCUAAUGUCGACCAAAACCAGACAGCCAGUCCCCCUACACCCACCAUUCGCCUUGCAAGAUGCCUUGGCGUAUUCACCAAUGGCCGUCUCUUUUUCAGGCGGGGGUGUGCCUGCAAUCUCGUGAAUGGCCACCCUGCUUCCUCUUUUUUCCCAUGACAUCUUCCUCAUCAUCCGCAAACAUAUUCGUAACCACACAACAUUCCCCCAUCACGAUAUGAAUCCCCUCUCAAUCGCAGUAAGCGCGCUGGCGUUGCUGGGUGCGGUGGGCAAGACGGCCAAGGGGCUGGAAAAGCUAUGGUCCUUGGGAUAUGCCCCGAAAGAGUUAUUGGGAGUGCCAUUUCUCUGCCAUUUAUGGGAACGACGAAAUCUAUGACCACGUCAAUCUGACCCCGCUCCACCGGAUUGUGCUGGGGUUGAACUCGGCCGAUCUCGAGGCGCAACUCGGCCUAUCGGCCAAAGAUAUUGACAUGGUAGACUCGCGGGGUCGUACGCCUAUAUGGUGGGCAGCAGAGCAGGGCGACAUCGCCAAGUUGAAGAUACUCCUGCGGUGGGGUGCCGACUGCAACAAGCCCGAUGCUUCUCUCUGGAUGCCGCUGCAUGCUGCUUUGGCGUUCGGCGACGACGACUGUGUCGAGGAGCUCUUGGCCUAUGGCGCCGUCGUCGAUGCAGCCGACAUCGGGGGUGCCCAACCGAUCCACAACAUCUUUUUUUCGACGCAGUACCGCCCGCGUACAAUCGAGCUAUUACUGCGAUACGGGGCCGAUCCCAAUGCGCCCGACGAGGAUGGUACUACACCUCUAUGCUAUGCGGCAGCUAAGGCAUACCAGGGCAACUGUUCCAGCAGUAUGCAAAACGCACUGGAGCUGAUCGAUCUCGGGGCUGACAUCGAGAAGGCCUGCAGAAGCGGAUACACGCCUGUCUUAGAGGCGCUAUUCUGUAACAAUAUAGAGCUAUUUGACUUCUUCGUCAGCCUAAACGCGCGGCUGGAUCGAACCAUUUACAGCGGUCAGACAAUCUUACACCUUGCCGCGUGGUACGGGACGCUUGAGUGGUGGGAAAGACUGACCCAGCUUGCCUGGGGCGGGAGGUUAGCCACUGUCGAUGUCUACGCUGGGCACAACGGCCACGAUACCCUCGACUGCAUGGGAAAGUGCAGAGAUGAGGAAUUUGUUGGCAAAAGACAGCCAAGGGACGUCGAGAUUGCCGCCUUCAGGGAGUUGUUCGAGGCCGUUGAGGGAUCUGUACUGGGUAUAGCACCACAGGGUACAGAUGAGUUUGGUGAGGAUGUCUUGUUUGAAGAUGCUGCUGGUGAUCUUGAUUCUACCGGGGAAUGGCUGAAUACAUCGAAUGAUAACGAACAAGAGCAGGCGGAAAAGCACGAAGAAGUUGUGGCCGGGACGGAGGUUGCGACUGAAGAGGUGGAUUCUGGUUAAGGACUAAUUAUUCACUAAGUCCAUCCAAGUUUCAAGGGGUUAAUUAUAAACAUAAGUUUCUAAUGUAAUUACUUUAUAAUGUGAUAGAAGAUGAAAUGAUUACAAGGGC